UUCUUCUAUACCCUUUUAUCACUCCACCUCUUUGCCGUUCUUUAGAUUCUGCUUCCAUCUCUCCCCCUCCUCGAUCAGAUCGAUCUGUGCUUAUCGGCUCAUAAGCUACCAUUUCGUAACUCAACACAUGACGCUUGGCUCAGGAGGAUCCAGUGUUGUCGUGCCUCGGAAUUUCAGAUUAUUGGAGGAGCUUGAGCGUGGAGAAAAGGGUAUUGGAGAUGGCACUGUGAGCUAUGGAAUGGAUGAUGGUGAUGACAUUUACAUGCGUUCUUGGACAGGCACCAUCAUUGGUCCUCACAAUUCUGUACACGAAGGUCGCAUUUAUCAAUUGAAGCUCUUUUGUGACAAAGAUUACCCUGAAAAGCCUCCAACUGUUCGUUUUCAUUCGCGUGUCAACAUGACUUGUGUCAAUCAUGAGACUGGAGUGGUGGAGCCAAAGAAGUUUGGGAUAGUGGCGAAUUGGCAGAGAGAGUACACAAUGGAAGAUAUAUUGGUGCAACUGAAGAAAGAAAUGGCGGCCCCACAUAACCGGAAGCUUGUUCAACCACCGGAAGGUACUUACUUCUAGAUGAUGAUGAUGAUGAUCUCAUGAUCAUGAUGAUGAUGAUGAUGUGAUGUUAUAAUAGAUGAAUAUGAUGAUGAUGAUGGAUAGUUUUGCAUAUUUCUUUAUGCAAAAAUUAAUGGUUUGGAAGUAGAGGAAGGUUAAUGUCUUCUUUCUAUUUUGACUUUUUCAUGGAUAUGUUUGAUUCAUGUGAUUCUUGUUUGUGUCAAAUGUUUGAUAUAUGCAACUUCUGUUAGUAAA